UUAUGUAUUUAUGUAUUUAAUUUGAGGUUAUAUCAGCGCUUUUCUUUAAUGAUCUUAUUAGAAUCUUUUCGCAAGGUAUUCAGCUUUAAAAAUUAUGGUUUUUUAAUGAAGUUAUUAUGGUUUCUAAUCGAAAAUUUACAUUCGAGAUACAAGUAUUGUAUUGAAAUAAUUUGUAACAAUCAUCUUAUGACAAUCAUUUCUUCAUAAAUUAUUUGUUAGGACAUUUAUUUAAAAAAAAAACAGUUAGAAGAUGGAAGAAGAACGAGGAAAUGUAGAAGUUUCAACAAAGGUUACUGAGCCAUUACUAAAUGUACCAAACCCAAGAGCCCUUCAACAAACUGUUCCUUCUGUACCUGGUCAAUCAAAGUAUAUACAGCUGCUUAAUGUUAUAGAAGAACUUGGUCAUGAAGUUCGACCUACCUAUGCUGGCAGUCGUACUUCUAUUGAAAAAAUUAAGCGUGGUAUUGUACAUGCACGUAUUUUAGUUAGAGAAUGUUUAAUUGAAACAGAAAAAAGUGCUCGUCAAUAAGACAAAAAUUCUAUAUAUGAUAUGUAACUGACCAAAUUUUAUAGAGGUAUUUAACUAUAACAUAAAAAGACUUAUAUUUUUUGCUGCAAAUAGUAUUGCAUUUACAUAUUAAAGAAUGAAAGAAUCAGAAUAACAAUUUAUCUACCUCAAAUAUUGAUUACAUUAAAUUUGCAAAUU